CUACGGCAAUUAGGGUUUAUAUUGUUCCCAACUCAGAACAAAACUAUAGACCAUGUUCUUUCAUAACAAGUUAAAUCAGGACCAUCUAUCAUGGGCCUUCUUAUUGGAGGACAGAAAUGGAGAAUAAUCUAAAAAAGUAUUGAAGUCCGUGUCGCGCCUGAACCGGCCGAGUUGGAGUCUGGAAACGAAAAGAAGAGGGAGGAAGCAGGAAUGACCGCUGCUCUGCUUAAAUCCAAAGGGUUGUCUAGCUGCUGACUGCUGAGCCUUUCUUUUCUUUAAUGGCAAUUAGCAAAGUUUGGUUGCUAAGUUUAUUAGUUUCGUUUACCACAACAAGGUCUGAAGAAUAUCAUAGAGAGAGAGAAACUCAGAGAAGUGAGAAUUCGUGACAGACAACCAAACCUAGUGAGUGAGUGAGUGAGUGAGUGUGAAAUGGGGCUCUCGCCGAAAUAAGGUUGUGUCGCCGGGUGCCCGUGUAACCUUUCCAUCGAAGUUUCAGGCAUUGAAGUCUCAGGGUAAGGAGAGGAACCGCUUUACAGGUUGCCUCAAAACCCUUAAUUUGGGAAAAUGUCUCGGAGGGUAUUUUGCCGCCAAUGGUUGUUUUCGUUUCUCCACUGCAUUCAUAGGUCUCGUUUGCAAGCAUCAUCUCUUUCAAGAUUGGAAUCUCGGAGUAGUUUAUUUUAUAGCAUUUUAGAAACUCAUAUCGACAGUGGAUACUUCCCCAUGGUACAAGCAUGGCGGUCAUACAGCCGUGGUGGACGCAAUUAUGACCUCUUUGGCAAUGGAAAACCUGGUGAUGAAGAAUUCAGGAAAGCCUGGGAGAAACAGAUGGAUGAAGAGGCUUGUCUCUGGACAGGAAGUGAUGAUGAUGAUGAUGAUGGUAAAAAGGGUCGAAGCCAUCUAGAAAAUGAGAUCGGGAAAGUUAAACAGAAAGCGAAGGAACACUCAGAUCUUAUUGAUGCUGAUGACAGCGAUGAGUUGAGAAGUGUCUGGUCUGGAAGUGAUGAAGAGAAGACGCUGUGGACAGGAAGUGAAUGUGACGAUGAUGAUGAUAUUCCUACUGAAGCCUAUCCAAAUGAAAGUAGUGAUGCAUAUAUAGACAAAUUGUUUGAGUUUGAGGAGACACCAAAAUACCGAACAAUCUCUGAACUGUUGAAAGCUGAAAAAGAACCACCAGAGUUAUCCCCAGGAAAACAAGCUAGGAAGCUUGCUGUUGAGAAUGCCCUGAAAAAGUUGAAGAAAGGGCCAGAUGGGCGUUAUAUCAAUGUGUGGGAGGUUAUGACUGAUAUUGACAUUCUAAUAGGAGCUUUUGAAAAUAUUGUUUCGGGCCCAGAAUAUGCAGAACUUAGAAAGGGAGGACCAAAGAAGCUAAACAUGGAAUUUUUUAAAGAUAUACAAGCACGUAUGAGAGAUCCAAACUUCAAGUUCUCACCUGAGCUAAAGUUGAAGCCAAAGAACAAACUGGUGUCAAGAAGGAAAUGGCAAAAAGCCCAAGCAAGGCGGAGGAAGGAUCAGAAACGUUAGGUAGUAAUCCUUUUACUCUUCAUUGAAAACAAGUUACAUGUACACCCUUUGGAUCUUUAAUUUGUGCAUUAUUACAUUGCUUUUAAAGUGCUUUGUUAUGCUUACCAAAUUAAAAAUUACAAUGAACACCAUGUUGCAAUAAAUACAGAAUAUUUGUUGUUAUAAGGUGGAUUUUAUUAAGUUAUUAGAUUUGUUUCUUUAAA